UCUAGCAACUGUAGAAAAGAAAAUGGAGCUCGAAGCUGCAAUGGAGCAUCUCAAAUCCCUCUCCCGCGGCGCAAAGCAGCAGCGAGAGAUCGAAGCCAGAAAAGGCGGAGUGUUGAUCAUCUCCCUGCUCUUCUUCGCCACGCUCUAUGCCACGGCCUGGUUCUUCAUCUUCCGGAGCUGGAGCAAGCACAAGCGAUGCCGUGCGGCGAGCAGCUCAAUCUCCUUCGCCCAUGCGCUGGUCGGAGCUUCCCUGGCAAUGGCGGACAUGGUAUCGUCGCCCUGGACGCUCGACGCCCCAAACACGGCAUUCCAGAACAGGAUCAUGGAGUGGAGCAUGGCCUACUUCAUCGUCGACCUCUUUCACUACUUCCUCGCGGUUCCCGAGGAUCAUCUCUUCAUCGCCCACCACUUAGCGACGCUCACGUACAUGAUCUCUUGCCGCUACUACACUCUCCAUGGCGCCAAGUCGGUGAUGAGCUUGAUCGCGGCGGGGGAAGCCACCACUCCACUCCAGGCGAUCUGGACGCUGGCGAGGCUGGCCAAGGACGAGUUCCCAGUCGCGGAGAGGGUCUACACGGCAUUGUCUCCGACGUUCACGCUGCUCUUCACGAUCGUUCGAGGGAUGCUGGGGCCGUUCUUGCUGGGAAAGCUGGCGAGUUUCUAUCUCUGGGGUCGUGCCGACACUGUGAUCCCUCGAUGGCUGGCUUGGUUCUGGGUGUUUGAGGUGAGCUUUGCGGUGGUGGGCAGUAUGAUUUGGGUGUUUCGGCUGUGGCGAGGACUGUUCAAGCUCAACUCGCAACGCAGUGGAUUCUGGAAGAGCGAUUGAUUGGAUCUCGACUCGUAGAAGAGAGUUUGAAUGGAAAGGAGAGAAUGCUCCUUGGUAUCUGAA